GGGAUUGAACUUCAAAUUGUACCAUGUCUGUAGUCAUUAGGAAUAAAAGUGUCCUUUUUUCAUUUUCCCAAACUUAGGUUUUCAGCCUUGCUCUUCAAAGCAAACAUCCAAUGUUGUGGAGGUCUGUAUUUGCUUUUUGACUAAGAGAUGGGGUCAACUGAACAAUUAUUAACCGGUCCUGAUCUGAUUGAGAACAUGCUCAAUUUUGCCAGAGAAUACUGCAAAAUGUUUUGCAGGUGUCUUGGAUUUGUCCUUCUCUUGUCUUUUCCUGGACUACUACAUGGCCAAACCCGAGCAGAGUCGUGUGCUGCUCCCCAGCUGGAUGGAGGUUUUUUAGUGCCUGAACAAGACAGCUAUUUGCAUGAAAGCAGCCUUGCAUACGCUUGCAACGCUGGACAGAAACCAGCAGUGGAGGGUUGGUGGGCCACCAGUGUAUGCCUGAAUGGGUUAUGGUCUCAUACACCGCAAUGUAUUGAUGAAAACGCCUGCUUUACACCAGAUGUUCCUCAUGGCAAAUAUGGUGAAAGUCCUGAAGGCUUGUGGUACAAGGAAGGAUCAGUCAUUCGAAUCAAGUGUGAUGAAGGAUACAAACAUAAAACCUGGGGAGCAACAGCUACAUGUAGAAAGGGAGCAUGGUCUUCUUUGCCAGUUUGUGAGCGAAGUGAAACGUCUUGUAAUGAGCCACCUAACAUCCCACAUGGUGUGGUCCUUCACAAAUAUCAACACAUAUUUGAAGCAGACUCUGAGAUCCACUAUGGAUGUGAGGACGGAUACAGUGUCGAGGGAACAAAUGCCAGAAAGUCAAUUUCAUGUGUCGCUGGAAUGUGGACAGAAGUGCCAAGCUGCACAAUAUCCAGACCUGGUCCCGGAGAUGGAGACACAACGGGGGGCAUUGCAAAGCCUGUCGAUUCUGGAAGAGGUCGGGGUGGUGCCACUGCUAGUUCUAACCCUGGGUAUUCUAGCAGUGCAGCUGCUGGUACCAAUACUGGAAGACCAAUUGAAACAGGAUCUGGAAGCACUUCUGACAAGACAGACAGCACCAGCGCACCCUUGGUCACAGAUGUUGACAACUGCGGACCGUACCCAAAAGUUUCAAACGGUGAUGUUGUGCGAAAAAAAACAAUGUCUUUGAGAUAUGCGUGCAAUGGUUUUUAUAAAAGGGUCGGUCCAGAGACAGUGGUUUGCUACAAUAAUGGCACUUGGUCCACCCUACCUACAUGCAAAGAAGCGUAUUGUCAAAUUGACCUUGAUGAGUAUAGCAACUACAAUUUCCAAGAAUCUGGAACAAUAAUUCUGAAAGACCGAGAGACUAAAAGCAUUCAGUGUGUCUGGGCGUACUACACCAGCCAAAUUACAUGCAUCAAUGGAAAAGUUAGAGUUACCCAAUGUUGUCAUUACCUGGAUCACUAUUGGCAAAGGUGCAACUAACUGAUGGUCGUCCAUCGGAAACCUGCCUCCACAUGAAGACAGCAGUCCAGGGACAAACACUUUCUCGCUAGGCCCCCCCACCCCUCCCCCCAAUAAAAAAAAUGGAGCAAA